AUGUCGCCAUCACCAGCUCCCGAGACCCACGAGGGUGUCUGCGCCUGCGGCCUCAUACGCUACCGCCUCACCGGCCCACCCCUCUUCGUGCACUGCUGCCACUGCCGCGCCUGCCAGCGCGAGAGCGGCGCCGCCUUCGCCGUCAACGCCAUGUACGAGUCUGACCGCGUGCAUCUCCUCCCCAGGCCCAGCACCGACAACUCCACUUCCACCACCGCCACAGCCGAGCUCGACACGCACGACCUCCCCACCCAAAGCGGCAGGCCCCAACGCCUUUCCCGCUGCCCGUCCUGCAAAAUCGUGCUGUGGUCGCUGUACGGCGACAACAGCGACUAUGUGCGCUUCAUACGGGUGGGUACGUUGGCGGAGCCGGGGGUGAUGCCGCCGGACGCGCAUAUUUUUGUGGGGAGGAAGGCGCCAUGGGUGGUGUUGCCGGAGGGGGCGAGGGUGUUUGAUGAGUUUUAUGAUCGGGAGGAGGCGUGGCCGGAGGAGACGAAGCAGAGGAUGGCCCAGGUGGCGGAGAAGAAGAGGAGGGAUCGAGAGCCGGUUAAGGGGAUGGAGGGCGCGAAGAUUUAG